AUGAAUGUUAUUUUAUUAGAAAAGAAUAGGAAGAUCAACAAAUGCGUUUUCACGACUACAAGAGAGUGGAAGUGGCAAUCUAAAGUAGUAAAUAAGAUUUUGGCAGGCAGCGGCACUGAGCGAGGUAAGGAAGAUCCAGACUACCUUUUCUGGAAUAUCAGACAAUUUUGA